AUGGGCAGCAGCUGCAAGCCGCAGCAGCAGCGAGCGGCGAAGGGGGAUGCCUGCGUCGCCGACAUCGACCCCAAGGUGGAGUGCCUCGACGGCGCCACCACCUACAUCUUCCGCCUCAGCCUCCCGGGGUUCAAGAAGGAGGACUUCAAGGUGCAGGUGGACUCCGGCGGGCGGCUGACGGUCCGCGGCGAGCGCCCCGCCGGGUACGUGCGGUUCCACAAGGUGUUCCAGCUGCCGCCGACGGCCAACCCCGACGGGGUGGCCGGCCGCUUCGACGGCGCCGUGCUGUCGCUCACCGUGCCCAAGCAGCCGCCCUGCGCCGGGGCCAUGGUGGCGGCGAGGCUGGUGUGA